AUGAAUGAUGAGGAUGCACAAGAUUUUAUCGAUUUCUUUGAUAUUGCACAAUCCAGUGUCAAUGCGACAGUAUCAGUUGAAAGGAAAUCUGACUACAGACCAAUUUCUUUACCUUCAUCAAUAAGUGAAAUAUUGAAAACGUGGACAAGUACACCGUCUGCUGCACUAGCAUCAUCUCGUGUUGGAAUUGCUCCUUGCGAUUUCAUAUCAUUCAAUGGAAUGUUUGAACAUACAUGGGGAGAAGGACAUGUUGAACAACCUCGCCGUUUGACUUCUAUUAUUGAUUACUUGCAUAAAAACUUUUGGCUUGAUCAUCAAUCUCGUUGGAAAUGUCUUUCUGGAAGGACGAUUACCGAUGAAGAAAUUCGACUUGUUCAUUCCGACACAUUCUUAUCAGGUUUUUUAGCUGUUGAACGUGGAGAAAUUGUCGAUGAUGUGAUGUCAAUGCGAACACUUUCAUAUGCUAAUGCUAAUUACAAUUUUAAAAGCGUUGGUCCAAUUAUUGCUCGAGCAUGUCGAAUAGCAGCGGGCACAACGCUUGAUUUAGUGUCGUCAAUUGUACGAGGUGAAAUCGAUUUUGGUAUAGCUUUAGUUCGUCCAGCUGGUCAUCAUUCCUCUACUGAUCAAGUGGGAACAUUUUGUGGUUUAAAUUCCGUGGCAAUCGCUGCCAUGUAUGCUAUUCAAAUCCUCGAAGUACCACGAGUUCUUAUUUUAGAUUGGGACGUACAUAGGAGUGGAGGAACAGAAGAAAUAAUAGGACGAAUAUCAAACGAUGAUCAGCAAAAGUAUCGUCUCAUCGAUAUUUACGCUGCAUUUGGGAAAAAUUCAAGUUCUACUAAUAGAUCUUCGAACUGUUAUCUUAUUGAUCUAUCUCAGAAUGAUCAACUUCCUGGUGAUGAAGAAUACCUUGAAACAUUUGAUAUAAAAGUAUUACCAGAUAUUGUUCAAUUUUCUGCUUCGCUAAUUGUGAUUUCAGCUGGUUUUGAUGCUGCCAAAGACGAAGCAGAAGAAUGUGCAAGAUUAACACCAAAUGGAUUCUUUCGAAUGUCUAACAAGUUGAAAAAGCUCAACAUUCCUCUGGUUUUUGUGUUAGAAGGGGGUUAUCGAGAACAAAGUUUAGUUCAAUCAAUAGGUGCAACCUUGAAAGCUCUGAUGGAUCUGUAA